AUGUCCCCCGGCGCGCGCUCCCGAAAGAUGGAACACGCGCUGCUCGCCGCACUCCUGGCGUGCGCGCUCGCGUCGGCCGGUAGCGCGCAGCCGGCGGAGCCGAGGCAGGGGGGCUAUGACAACGACUUGGCCGACCAGGAGAUGCGCGUCAGCACGACCAUGGUCGCGCUGCUGGCCGCCGUCGUCGCCGUGUUCUUCUUCAUCCUCGCCUCCAUCAUCUACCUCCGCCACUGCACCGGCUACUCGUACCCCCACGCCCCGCGGCCGGACGACUCCCGCGGCUCCGGCCCCGGCGCCGGCUUCUCGAGCUUCAUCGCCAGGCGGCAGCAGCGGCGGGCGGCGACGCGCGGGCUCGCCGCCGAGGUGGUCGAGGCGUUCCCCACCAUGCGCUACGCGGAGGCCAAGGCGCUGCGCGUGGGGAGGAAGGCGGCGCCCCCGCUGGAGUGCGCGGUGUGCCUCAGCGAGUUCGAGGACGAGGACAGGCUCCGGCUGCUGCCCAAGUGCAGCCACGCCUUCCACCCGGACUGCAUCGGCGAGUGGCUCGCCAGCCACGUCACCUGCCCGGUCUGCCGCCGCAACCUCGACCCUAGCAAGGACGGCGGCAGCGACGACGAGGCGAGUAAGCCCCCGGUGCCGGAAGCCAACAGCAGCUCCAGCGAAAUCACCGUGGUACGCCACCACCAAGCAGACAGCGGCGCGCGACCAGCGGCCAUGGUCAUCGACGUGGUGACGGAGGAGGAGGCCGAGCAGCGCAUGAAGGAGGCGAUGGAGCUGCAGCGGAUAGGGACCCAGCGGCGCGCGAUGCGGUCGGGGUCGCGGCCGGCCGGGACGAAGGCCGCGAAGCUUGUCCGGUCGUACUCCGCCGGCCACUCCCUCGCCGUAGUCCGGCUCGACCGCGACCUGGAGCGGUUCACGCUGUGGCUGCCGGAGCACGUGCGCAGGGAGAUGGUCGCCGCUGCCGGGGAGCAGAGCUCGCAUCGUCGCGCGCAGAGAGCCGGCAGAUGGCCAUCGUUCCUAAGGUACACCAGGACGUUGUCGGGAAGGUUCUUCUCGACGCCGAGGAGAACGGAAAGCUCCGAGGGAGGGGAGGCGUCCUCGUCGUCGUCGACGAGGAUUAGAGGGAAGCGCGUGGCCGCCGUCGAUUUCCUCGAAGGUUCUCCUCUGGGCGGCGGCGUGUCUAAUGCCAAGGUCGGCUCUGUGGCCGGCGAUGUCGACAAGGCAGCUAGCCGGCAGGUUCGAACGUAG